AGAAUCUUCAAAUAUACAUCAAGAUAUGAAAACAAACAGUAAUGACUAAUCAUCUACGUCAAUAAAUGUAUCAUUACCUUAACUUAUUAAUGGAAAAGUCUGCUAAAUAUGGAAAGUUUAUUGAUUCUCUCCCUUGCAUAUAUAAGAUUUAACGAUGCCUAUGUACAAUUUCUUUUUCUCCAUCUAGUUACAUAGUUUAGGGUUUGCUUCUUCUUCUUUUCACCAAGCUUCCUUCAAUGGCGAACCCAAACCAAUCCGUCCGGACGUGCAUACUAAAAGUCGAUCUAAAGUGUUGCAUUGGUUGCCAAAAAAAAGCAAGCAUGAAAUUGCAGAGUAUCUCUGGUGUAGAGGAAGUGGAGUAUAACAUCGAAAAAGGGCUCAUGACAGUCAGAGGUGACGUAGAACCCAUGGCUCUGGUUCGUAAACUUAAUAAACAUGACAGAAAAACAGAGCUUUUCUCAGUCAAGUACCAGCUUGAUGAUGAUGAUCUAAACAGUGAUUCAGAAGACUACUCUUCUUCUGACUCUACUAAUUCAUCUUAUGAUCCUAAACCCAUGGAACGUCAAUUCCAAGAGAAGAUGAUGCAGCAGAAGAAGAAGAAGUCUGGGAUACUAAAAAUGCUUUCUCUUUUAUGGUGUUUCAGCAGUAAAUCAAAAGUUGUUCAGCCUUUACCGAUGCGAAACCGAAACUGGCAUGUCCCAUCAAAGUUUGAGAAUGUUCCUCCUGGCUUUGGCUUCAAUUCUACUACAUCGUCGCAGUUGCGGCCUCCGCAUCCAAUGAUGCCCUAUCCACCAAUGAUGCAACCACCAAUGAUGCAGCAACAACGACCACUAAUGAUGCAGCAACAAGCACAAGUUCCAAUGCCACCUAAUGUUAACAUGUUCCAGUCAGCACCCCAACCGUUUAAGAUGCACCCUAAGUUGCAUUACGGGGAGCAGAAACAGGUUGUCACCUAAGCUACUUGUUCUGUUGAUUAUGUCUCUGAUACAUAUACUAAGCAAAAGAAUUGUUUUUAAGUUUCGUAUCUUUUGCCAAUUGCCGAUAGUGAACAUUUCUCAAGUCUGGCAAACUUUUAAAACAAAAGAACAAGGGUACAUUUUGAAUUCAUUUAUGUGUGAUUCUCUGCAUCUCCCAAACCUGGUUCCAUAAACAUUUGGAUAAGAUGAGCUUUGUUUGUGUCACGGAACAAGAAUCUCAUUCAUAACCCAACAGAGAAAACAUAAAUAACAACUCAAAUCUGUGCCUAUUGCUAGUACUAGAAUCUAUUGUUUUUGAUACAGAGAUUUCUCUUGGAGAAUACUUGUCUUGAGAUUUGUCUGUUGUGCUUGUGCAUCAUGUUUUCCUCCGAUUUAAUGGUUGUUUUCAUGUUCGCCCUCCAAAUCUUUCAAGUAUCCCAUGAACAAAAGAAACCCGAAAAGGAAGAAUCCACCUGAAGAGCUCCCUCCACCGCCUCCGCCACCACCACCACCACCAUCAUCCCGAGGUGGGAACCCGUUUCCACCGUCAUCAAGCUUUGGGGAUUUAACUUUUCC